CGAAUGCAUACACAACUUUACUUUUGUUUUGUCAUGGCUCCCUUGCGCAUAUCUAUAUAUACAUACAAACAUAAUCGUAGGGAGCGACGAAACAAAGAAAGAUCAUAUCUUCAAAAACCUCUUGAUAUAAGUUAGGGUUCUUGAUCAGAAGAUAACCAUCUAUCAACAAAAAUGGGAAGAUCACCGUGUUGCGAUCAAGACAAAGGCGUGAAGAAAGGACCGUGGAUGCAAGAAGAAGAUGAUAAGCUCACCGCUUAUAUAAACAAGAACGGUUAUGGGAACUGGCGGUCGCUUCCUAAGCAUGCUGGACUCAACCGCUGCGGCAAGAGCUGUCGACUCCGGUGGAUGAAUUAUCUCCGGCCUGAUAUCCGGCGAGGCAAGUUCUCCGAUGAAGAAGAGAGUACCAUCGUUAGACUCCAUGCCCUUCUUGGCAACAAAUGGUCUAAAAUUGCGGGUCAUCUUCCAGGAAGAACCGAUAAUGAAAUAAAAAACUAUUGGAACACUCAUAUGAGGAAGAAGUUGUUGCAAAUGGGGAUUGAUCCAAUAACACACGAGCCAAGAACCAACGAGCUUGGCCCUAUCCUCGAUGUUUCUCAAAUGCUCGCCGCGGCGAUCAACAAUGGCCAAUUUGGUAACAAUAAUAACCUCUUUAACAAUAGUACUGCUUUGGAGGAUCUUCUCAAACUCCAAUUGAUUCACAAAAUGCUUGAAAUCAUAACCCCCAAAGCCGUACCAAACAUCAAUAGCUUCAACACCCCCAAACCGGAACCGGUAGUCAGUAGCUUCAAUACCAAUUCAGUGAAUCCUAAACCGUAUACUACGGCUGGACAACAGGUUUUCAUAAACCAAAGUGGAAUCACUCCUGAGGUUUGGGAUGGUUUUGAAGAUAUCCAGCUUCCUGGUUUGAUUACGGUUUCUGAAGAGAGUUUGAAGGCAGCAAAACCGGGUAAUAGUACUACCACCGAGGCAAAUGAUCAUACCGGAACCGGUAUGAUGAUGGGUUACUAUGGUGAUCAAUCACGUGAAAUCCCAUCUUCUGGUUCAGUAUCGGUUUCUCCUGUAGAAUCCGGUUUGAACCAUCCUGGUACGGUUCAGCACUCACCCGGUUUAGAUGUCCUAGAAGACUGGGAGAAGUUCUUUGAUGAUGAAUCAAGUGAUUCUUGCUGGAAAAGUUUCUUAGACUUAACGUCACCCACAUCGUCACCCCUCCCAUGGUAAAAAGCUGGAUUUUGUGCGGGUCGUAUACUCAUAGUUUUAAAACAUACAAAAAUAUUCGAUUAAUAGUAUUGAUUUUUUUUUGUUCUUAAUUAUUAUUGAUUUUAAAGUUCUGUUUUUGUCAAGGAAUGAUUGUUUUUAUUCUUAUUUGGUUUGGUUGUUGUGUAAAGAAACACAUUGUAAUCAAUAUCUAU